ACCAAGCCACCCUCAUCGAGCAAGUGAAGCGAGUAAAAGAAAUUGAAGCUAUUGAAAGUGACUCCUUUGUUCCGCAGACGUUCAGAUCAACGAAAGACGUCAAAAAGUCCGUGGAGCCGACUGAACUACAAUACGAACCCGUAACCAUCGGAGCAGGAGCUGUCGAUGCAUCUGCUCCUGAAAAAGAACCCCCGCCUGCCAAUAUUCCUACUGCCAUCAAGUAUCAAGAUGAUAACUCCUUAGCACAUCCAAACCUGUUUAUCGAGAAGGCAGAAGCAGAAGAGCGGUGGCUUCAGAGGCUGAUCGCUCUCCGCCAGGAGCGGCUGAUGGGCAGUCCAGUGGCCUGA